AUGGCAACCCCACAAAAUAUGGAGAUAUCUCUAUUCUGUGGCCUCCCAUUCUCAGCAUUAAAGGUCUCAGAUCUUUGUUUUCCAGUACUCGCACUCAAUAUCUGCAUCUGGAGUCGUACAAAGCAUGAGAAGUUACCACUGUACUUUCUCUGGAGAAUAAUACCUCAAAAAGAGAUAGUAAUGAAUUCCUAUAUACGAAUUCUGAAUGGAGUGCAGAGAUCUUCAAGGAAUGAUGGAAAACCUAAUCAGUGUCACGGAGCAUAA